CAGUUCUCCACUGCGCUCCGUGUGAAGCGGAGCUUUCGAGAUACCUUCUCGCUCUCCCUCUCACUCUCGUCGCGAUCCGCGUCGCGGGAUCGACUCCACGAUCUUGGGAUUUCUGCGCGAGAGCGCCAGUCCGCGUCCGCCAAGGAAUCGCGAGGAAAACGCCGAGGAAAGUCCUGAUCGACGAUCCGGAUUCUUUUCUCGGGAAAGAAUCGUGGGCCGAGAAAAGGGGUGAAAGAAAAGGGACGACGAUGUGCGAGAGGAAGCUGCUGUGAGUGCUCUAGGACAAGAAGAUCUGAACUAAGCCGAGAGCGAGAUAUCGAGAGCCGAGGGGCUACCCUCGAGGAGGUGCGUCUCCGGGAACGAGCGUGAUUCAGGAUAUAAUCACGACGAUGUUGAAGAGAUCGACCGAGCUGUCCAGGUGGCUGCUGCUGGCGGGACUUUUGUGCUGCUCGUCCUGCCAGAGCGUAUCGUCCUCCUUCGAGAAUAAAAUCGGCGGUCAAAAUGACAGCCGGCCGCGGAUAUUCUCGCCCAGGAUGGACUACGACGAGUGGACUCCGCUGGGUCGCGGCGAUCCCCUGAAGAACAACCCGACUUUCGACUACGUGCCACCGGUCCUCGACAGGGUGCAAUACUGGCUGGACUCGCAUCAACAGCACACAACUGAGCCGUCAUCUAAGCGCGAUAUCCUCGUGUUAGGCGUGACCGCCAAGAAGACCAGUCCGAAGAUACCCGAGCAGUUUCUAAAAUUUGUGGACGGACCCAAGUUUACGCGAACCGUCAGCCAAGAUACGACCGUGUACAGGAACGACUUCACCGGCAAUGCUGGCGCCGAGCCGCCCAAGGUCGUCCGCACCACUAGCUUCCGAAACGGCCUGGUCGAUUAUAGAAAUCAGAACAGAUUGCAAUCGCUGCCAGCCAGUUACUAUCCGAGCUCGUACUACGAUCAGAAGAUCAAGCCGUACACCAUGAUGAUGCCGCCGCCGAUGAUACAAAAGAUCGAGACGUCUACUGGUUUCAAGGUCGGCGCGUCCAGGGAUAAGGUAAUCGGCUACGCAGACGCGCCCCAGCCGUUUAACACGCAAACGGAGGAGGGGCCCGUUCUCCAGGACGCGCAGUAUUACGGAUCACUCUCGAAGGAUUACGGACACUAUUCCCCUGCGCCCUCGCAGCAACCGUAUUCCACGUCCAAGGCGCCGGCGAGCAAGGUUGAGACCAUCAAGAGCGUGUAUAUACCGUCCGCGUCGCAGAACACGAAAUCGAGAUACGAGGCGACUACCGCACCAUCCGUGUCCUUUGAAAAAUCGAAUUUGAUUUAUCAAUCGACGCAGACUCUGUCCGGCGGAUGGCUCGGCAACAGCGAGCCCACAUCAUCCUCCACCCCCGGAUUUCCUCCGGACGUUAAUCAGGUCGUGUGGCAGACAACGGAUUACUCGAAAGAUCACUACGAGAUCGAUCAUCAAGCCGCGGCCUCGUCCAAUCACGAGGUUGUCAUCGGCCAAAACGCGAAUAUCAUUGUAGACGAUAAUAAUGAUGAAAAUGAGGAAGUAGUCGUGGGUCAAAAGGAAAUCAGCACUGAAGCAACGUUCUCGUCGACGUCAGAAAGCGUCCCGCAAACGUUUACCGUCUCCACUACAACUGUAGAUUCUACCGAACGAGAAGAGGAAACUGUGACUGACGCGCAAUCCUCGCCAAAGAUGCACAUUGUCGUCGCCAACUCGCCGUCCAGCAUAGCGGAUCUGGAAACGCACAAAGCGAAGAAAGGCCCGGUCGCCGUAGUAAUGCCGACGAAUUACAUCGAGAAAAACUCGUCUUUGAGUUCGGAAUCAGCCACGACUCUCCACGCUUGGGAGAGUCCCGCCACAUCCGAGAUGACGAAGACGACUCAUCAAGCGUCAAAGUUUCAAAUGCAGCCAACGAGGAACGCGGUAACAAGUUUACCGAUCUUAACAGAAGAACAUCCGUCCCUUUCCUCCGUGCCGAACAGAAUGAUAUCGCCUUCGCAGCUUGCACCACAUCAACUUCCGCAUUCGUCUUCCGUUCCGGUAAUGCUCUCCAAACACAUAGGUAAUUCUCCGCACAUGUUUGUCCCUCCGGCGGCUUCUCAAUCGAUGAUGCGUCUUCAGACCAGACCGAAUCAUGCCAUGAUGCACUUUAUCGGCAGCAUGCGUCCUGGCUUCCGGCCAUCCUCGCCGAUAUCAAUGUUCCACAUGGCGCCGCCUAUGGCGCACAUGCACGCGUCACCUAUCAAGGACAUGAUGCCGCCAUUGCCGAGCACAGAAGAGGCUUAUCAACAAUCUUCGCAAUCAUUCCCCGUGAUUUUUACCAGCCCACCGUCGUCGUCGACUUUUGAUACGCAGACCACCGGAUCCGGCGAGCGACUGACGGUUGACCAUCAGCCGUCUCGAUCAUCCGCGACGAUUGUCAACUCAAUGACUACUUCGUCGCCAUUCACGCCGACAAUUUCGUCGACCGCGGAAUAUACGCCUACCAUGGACCACCGGGAGAGCACAAGGUCCGAUCAGUCCCCCUUGGUGAAGAUCCUCGGCGCCGAAGAGACCACGAGGAUGUCGACGACGCUUGCACCAUCGACGACCGUCCCGCCGCGAACCACGACAGUGCCAAGUCUGACCACUGAUCCGAUAUUCUCGCACUACAAACAACCGGCCAAACCAAUCCGCGGCCCGAUGUACCUCAUUAUCCAGGGCCAUUCGAAGGUAAAGACCUACAAGCCGACGGUGAACAAGCAUGGCGUGCCCGUAGAGAACAACGAGAUCGUCGAGAGCGCGACCGAGCGACAGCUGUCAAAGCUGGAGCAGCUGAUUCACGAGAACACAAAAAACGGCGCUGUCGAUCUGGCCGCUGAGAAGAAGAAGCUGGAGGUGGAGAGAGCGCGCGCCGAGGAAAAGCGCGUUUCCUCGCGCCGGGAAGACAGUCUCAUGAGCCUAGUCGAGAGCGGCUUGAGCGGCUUCACUGUGUCGCCCUCGAUGGAAGACGAGCGUCACGCGUCCAAUUCGGUCGCGAGCAUCGAGAUUAAUUAAGGGUCCGCCGUUUGCACGCAGUUCUCCCGUGAGGGGAUACCAAGCUUCGUAAACGGAUGCUGAGGUAGCUGAGGGCACUUUCCGCGUCCUCCUGCGGCGGAAGGGCAACCGCCGUUCUUUUAAUAGGGGCGAAAACUUUCGAAAGAAGCGAAGAGUCUCUCGAUUUAUAUUCGAUUGUUGCUUACAUGCGAAGCCGUUGGAUGAAAAUCGAUGAAAGUCGAUUACGCGCGAGAUAUAGGAAUCGAAGUUUUAUGUGGCUGAUCCUCCUAGCAACGUUUUCCAAUUCCAAUGCGGGAGCUAUCCGGGAGAUAUGUGUAACUUCAACACACCGGUAAACGAAGUUUUACAUUGUUAUUUAUCCUGUUUAUUGUUCCGUGAUAUUGAAUGCCUCUAUGUAUUUUUUUUUUUU